AGUCUGGGAUGGGACGGGGGGGGAGGCGAGGGGGCCGCCGUGGUGCUUCCGCGCCCCCCCGGCUGCGGUGCCCCCCUUCCCCUGGGCGCCCGGCUGGGACAAAGGCCCCAGUGUGCGCCGGAGGCGGGAGAAGGGGCCGCCUUGUUCCCGUCCGGGGGCCGGACCGGCGGCGGGCGCCCGCCCCCCCGUCCCUGUCCCCGUCCCCCGGCCAGGAUGGCAGCGGCGCUGCGGGCCGCCCUGCUCUGCGUCCUGCUGGCACCCGGCGCGGCCGGGCACCGCGACAGCCUGGCCGAGAGGAAGGCCUGCGCCGACGAGGAGUGCAGCCACCCCAUCUCCGUGGCCGUGGCCGUGGCGGACUACGCGGCGCCCGACUGCCGCUUCCUGCCGCUGCAGCGCGGACAGGUCGUCUACGUCUUCUCCAAGCUGCGGGGCCGCGGGAAGCUCUUCUGGAGCGGCAGCGUCCAGGGCGGCUACUACAGCGAGCAGCCGGCCCGCCUGGGCUACUUCCCCAGCAGCGCCGUGCGGGAGACCCGCGCCCUGCGGCGGGCGGCGGUGGAGCUGGACACGGACGAAUGGGAUUUCUACUGCCACCGCAGCCGGCGCUGAGCCUGGCCCCCCCCUGCCCCUCGCGGCCCCCCCCGGCCCCGUGCCGGGCUGCUUCCCCCUCUCCUGAAUAAACCCUGCUGGCAGCA